GGGAAAUAUAUUCAUGACUACCAGAUGACCACCCAGAAGUCGCGCACGUAAUUUAUACAAGAAGAUUGGGAACUAAGAUCCAAGAUGGAGGACGAAAGUGAAGGACGCAAACUGCUUGUUUUAUACGGUUCUCAGACUGGCGCUGCUGAAGAGGUUGCUGAACGGAUUGGACGUGAGGCUAGGAGAAGGUUCAUAGUCCCUAACGUGCUAGCUAUGGAUGAUUAUAACAUUGUAUGUAGUUUGUACUAGAGUAUAAAUUUUUGCCAAGAAACACAAUUUGUAUAAAGGGUAGCGAAUACGGCAGAGUACAAUAUUGAAAUAAAACAUAUCAUUGUGUAAUAAUUACCAUGAGAUGACCUUCACACCAGGCAAACUGAGAAACUGUGUUAUCACUGUGGGAAUCAAACCUGUCACACCUUGAGUGCUCAGCACUGUACUGAUAUCAACACUAUAUAUACCAAAGGUUCGAUUCCCACCACAGUCAAAUUAUUUCUUAGCUUGCCCAGUGUGGUGUAAUAGCAGGCAUGUAAUAUAUUCAUCCUGAUGUUACCAGGUAAAUUUGAUUGAAGAAAAUUUAGUGAUAUUUGUGUGUGCAACCACAGGAGAUGGAGAAGAACCAGAUAAUAUGAAGGUAGAAAAUACACUUAUUAUUACCGUCACAGAUGAAAACACUUGUGAGCACUUUCCAAGUUCAAAAAUCAAGUACUGUACAUUUCUUGCACUCUAGGUGUUUUGGAAAUUUCUUCUUCGUAAGAACUUACCAUCUCAUUGUCUACAGAGUUUAACCUAUGCUGUUCUUGGAUUAGGAGACUCAUCUUAUCCAAAGUAAAAAAUCCAACAUGCUCAAAUUGACAAAAACAGUACUUAUAAACAUGCACAGUUAAUAAGAGUCCUGAUUUGUUAUUUAGGUUCAACUUCAUAGCCAAGAAAUUAUUUAAACGUCUGGCUCAAUUAGGCGCUCAAGAAUUGGUAGCAUUAGGCUUGGCUGAUGACCAACAUGAUCUGGGGUUAGUAUUGGUUCAGUAAGCAUUACCAAGACAACAGACGGAGUUGAAUGACAUUUAUUGGAACACAAAAUGCAUGGUGGAAAUAUAUUAAUUGAGAUUAUCUUUUAUGUUAACAGUCCAGAUGCUGUUAUAGAUCCAUGGUUAAAAAAACUUUGGGAAAAAAUUUUGGAAAUAAUUCCUUUGCCAGUUGGCAAGGAAAUCAUCAGUUCUAGCAUCAAGUAAGAGAUAUCUGUGCUUGUUUUUAAUAACCAUUAUGCCUAGUCUGUUGCAUCUAAUAUUUUUAUAGUUUUGAUGUUUCACUGCAUUUCGCUUAAUUUUGUUUAUACUAGACCUCUUCCGAGAUAUAAAGUGACAAUUUUAUCUGACAAAGACUCUCACAAUGAACUAACAAAAGCUGAUGCUGGUUGUAAUGGUAAAACUGAUAUUCCCCAUAAUAAUGGUAAGGAAUAAGACAUGACUAUUGGCACGGAAAUACAGUAAGACAAUAAUACAGAAAGAUUACACAUGGCAUUACAUAUAUUCAUCUUUAACUUGAGUUUUCUGCCUGGUUAAUUUCUUUAUGAUUUGUGUUAUAGUAAAUGAUGAAGUCGGAUCAACUGUCUCAAAAGAUUGUCCAUAUUUAUCAACAAUAGUUGAAAAUGAACGUGUCACUACACCAGAUCAUUUUCAAGAUGUCAGGUUGAUAACAUUUGAUCUAACAUCCUCAGGUACGAGGUAAGAUCAAUGUUCAAAUUGGUCAAAAUAUCUUUGAAGGAAACAUUCUGACACCACCAAGAAUUUGUUCAUUUAAAAUAUUUUCAGAUUCUUCUAAGUUGCUCCUAUUUCUGUUAUUUUCACGUCACUUGUUGUUGAUGUGCUUCCCAAAACUGUUUGCAUGCUUUCUUCUAGAGUUUGCACCCCAAGAUCUCAUUAAAAACUGCAGUCUACCUCAUGUAGGAAUAAGCAAUACAUAAUGGCUAUAUUUGCAGCUGCUGCAAAAGUCAAUAUUUUACUGACUUACCACCCUUAUAUUUAUACUCCAGCCAAUUUAGGCUGGAUUUUUUUUUGCAUUCUAACAGUAGAUAAUGCUUACCUUGGUUUAUAUAAAUUUUGUUGCAACAGCUACAGUCCAGGUGAUGUCUUGAUGAUACAGCCAAGUAAUCUAAGUGAUGUGGCAGAUGAAUUUAUAAAUUAUCUUGGAUUAAAUCCAAAUCAAAAAAUAUUACUCUCUCAAAACUACCCAGGUAAAUUUCUACAAACAACAGAUAUACUCAAAACUACCCAGGUAUAUUUAAUAAUACAAAUACGUCAUAAUUUUCUUUUAAAACAUGGUGAACAUGUGCUUCAAAAUACAUCAAUUUAUACUUGCAUUUGAAUGAACUUUCUGUCGAUAUUUUCCCAUCUUUGGACCAUGUUGGCUUGGUUUCACAAUAAAAUAGUUUUUUCUGUUCUUAUUUAUCAAAGUUUUAUCCAUUUCUUUGUUUGUCUCAAUUUUGAACGAGUUGUCGAGUUUAUUCAUUUAUCUUUAAAUUUUCCCGCCACACAAAAUUCCAAAAUUGCCAAAACAUCCCAAAAUAACCCAGGAAAUCCACAAAUAUACCACGAUUAUCUUCUUUAUCCCAAUAUUACCCAUGAUAUACCUAAGGAUGUCAUAAUUACCCUCUAUAUACCCCCAAAUUACCCGCUAUAUCACGAAAUAUCCCAAGAUUACCCUUUCAAUCCCUGUAUUAGCCAAAAUGUCAAGAUUUUAUCCCAAGACUUCGGACUUCCUACUCUGUGAGGACUAUAAGAUGAAAUAACGAGAUAAAAUAAUCACCAAAUUAUAUAACAAUAAAAAUAUAUCUUGAAAUUAUCCUACUUAAUAACAACAUGAAUAAAUAAUAUUAGAAUAGUUUUUAAAAAGAAUAGAGGACAAACUAGUAUGGAGAAAACAGUAGUGGUAUAUUUGUUGUUUAGAUAUUUCCUUACCCAAACAUCUCCCACAGCCAUGCACUGUGAAACACUUGGUUGAGAACUACUGGGACAUUCAAGGUGUACCAAGACGAUAUUUCUUUGAGUUGUUGUCGCAUCUCACUGACUCAGAGCUCGAAGAAGAAAAACUACAGGAAUUCAAUACUGCUGAGGGGCAGGUACACACUGCCUCAUGUCAUCAUUCGAGUUAGAAGCAGAGCGCAUGUCAAGACAACAGGGAAAGGAUAUCGGAAGAAGUUAUUUUGCUGACCUCAGAAUGACAUGUCGUUUUUUUCUUCAAGAUUGGUUUAGAAACAAACUUGGAGUAGGGUUAGGUUGGUGUUUGGAACAGGGUUAGUGUCAGCAAAACCGUUACUUUGUUACGUUUUGUCACUCUGAGGCCAGCGAAAUAACCUCUUCCAAGGAUAUUUGUCCCCCGAAUUGUCAGUAAAGAUCCUAGCUAGCACUUUGUCCUGUGUUUACACUCAGAUAGAUGAUCAAGUAUAGAUUAGGGUAUUAUUUUUUAGAUUUUUACAAAACUUUUGUUAUAUUUCAGGAAGAAUUAUAUUCCUAUUGUUACCGACCAAGAAGAACAACUCUCGAGGUAAGGCAUCACACGUUAAUAAACCUCGUUCACACGUUAAUAAACCUCGUUCACACGUUAAUAAACCUCGUUCACACGUUAAUAAACCUCGUUCACACGUUAAUAAACCUCGUUCACACGUUAAUAAACCUCGUUCACGUGUUAAUAAACCUCGUUCACACGUUAAUAAACCUCGUUCACACGUUAAUAAACCUCGUUCACACGUUAAUAAACCUCGUUCACACGUUAAUAAACCUCGUUCACACGUUAAUAAACCUCGUUCACACGUUAAUAAACCUUCGUUCACACGUUAAUAAACCUCGUUCACACGUUAAUAAACCUCGUUCACACGUUUUGUUCUUCAACACGCUAAAACACCGCGUUGACAGCACGUUACUAAAUGUUCUGCUUUACGUCAUGUUUUAGGUUUUGGAAGAUUUUCCACACGCUAGCAAGAAUAUAACGUUAGAAUAUUUAUUUGAUUUGAUUUCGCCUUUGAAACCAAGAGCGUUCUCUAUCGCUUCCUCAAUCAAGGUAUUCAUGUGUUGCAUGACGUAUCAUUAUAGUGUACACGCAAGACAAACUAUGCUCACAAAGUAACCCAAAAUAACGCAAUCUAUAGCAAUGGUUCUCACACAGAUCAUGCCUGAUCUUCGUCUUACACACGUAAAAACGCACAAGUUGUAACAAAUCUGCAGCAGACUUGUAGCAAUGCUGUUCCAACAGCUUGUCAAUAGGAUGUGUUCGCACUGCUUGUUCCCAGCUUGUUGACAAGUUGUCAACGGCUUGUUUACAUCUUGCUACAAGGUUGUUGAGUUCGACAGACUACAAGUUGUUCCAACAACUUGUUAUCGUCCUGCAAUUCACCAAUUCGUUAACAAGUUGUGAGUGACAACCUUGUAGCAACUUGAUAAAAUAACAACAUUCAAACAUUGUUACAACUUGUUGAGAAGCUUGCUACAAGCCUGUUGCGAACACAUCUUGUUGACAAGUUGUGAGAUUUUUACGUGUACUUCGUGUGUACUCUGCUAAGAUGAACUAUACGUUCAUUGUUCAAAUUCUAAAUUCUUUAACUUCUGAAUCUACGAAAAAGACCUCCUGCGAAUCUAUCAACAACGUUUCUUUUAACCCAUGCAUGUUUUCAACUUCUAGGCGCAUCCUAACAAAGUUCAGAUUUUAAUGGCAGUUGUAAAAUAUAAAACAAAUCUUUAUAAACCCAGAGUUGGGGUGUGUUCAACCUGGUUAGCAUCAUUGGAUGAAAGAAUGAAGAAUGUUAGAAUACCUGUGUGGAUUAAGAAAGCCACGAUAUCAUUUCCAAAGACACUGGAGACUCCAGUUAUUAUGAUUGGACCUGGUAAGGAUGAGAUCUUUCUAUAUAAUGUUAGAAACAUCAGUUACCUCAAAUUGCUCGCGUGUUUGCGGUUUUUCUCUUGCCGUUUUAUACCGGUAUUAUAUUAACAUUCAGCAAAACCCGAGAUAAAUGAUUGUCUCUUCUUUUAUCAGGUACAGGAUGUGCUCCAUUUCGGAGUUUCAUCGAAGAAAGAACAUGUGAAUGUAAUCAAGGUAAGCAGGAACACAUGUGUUUGUUUUUGUGAAACUCAUUAAUAAUUCAUGAAGAAAACACAAAAGAAAUCAUGAGCGUGAAGGAGUUUGUAUAUCUGAUACAAAAUCAUGCUGAUUUACAUAAACUUUAAGCUCAAUUUUCUCACCAAAUAUCAUUCAUUUAUUUUAAAUUGUCGAAGAAUACGAGUGUUCUCAUCAAGACUUUUCACAAGUACUAUUUACAACAUUCGAGUCUGUGUUGUAAAUAGUGCAUAUUGAUGCUCUCAAACAUACUCCUGCAUUGACCAGCAUCUACUGCAUGUAACACUAACUGAAACCCAACCGUUCCUAGGUGGAGAAUGUGUUUUAUUCUUUGGUUCAAGAAGCAGACAUAAAGAUUAUUUCUUUGAACAAGAAUGGUUACCUCUACAGAACGAUGGUCGCCUGACUCUCUUCACUGCUUUCUCACGUGAUCAGGUAUAAAUAUCUACAAAUUCUCGAACAAGUUUAAAACACCUUACAGUCAAUUUUUCUUUCGUUCUUAACUUAGGAAAACAAAAUUUAUGUACAACAUCGUUUAAAGGAAAACAACGCAUUUGUCUGGGAUCUCAUAGAGAGACAAGGAGCCUGGUGCUUCUUGGCUGGGUAAGUGUGACGACAAACUGAAAAUAUUUAAAAAGACACAGACGUUUUGAACUAGGUCGUUUGUUAGAGGGUUAGUAUCCUCCUGACGAAUUUCUCAUAAAAUUUCCACACAUUAAGUUUAUUAUUAGAGGAAGCAAAUUUCGAACACUUGAAGUAUUAAAAUUAAUUCUCAUAGGAACUCGAAACAGAUGCCGUCAGAUGUUUCAGAUGUGUUACAAGAAAUAUUUACGAGAGAAGGAAAACUAACAGAAGAACAGGCUGAAGGUUAUUUCAAACAAUUAAUACGAACGAAACGAUACCAGAGAGAAACCUGGGCGUGAUAUUUUGUAAAGAAUUAGAUUUGUAUGUAGCAAUUAAUAUUUAAUUAUUUAUAGAGAAUUUAAACAAACCAAAUUGAGUUUUUGUAGAGUUUCAUAAUAAAUGUCAUCAUCAUAUUUAUUUACUUACGUUCUUUUGAUAACAUUUUCCCCAUUGUAUUCGUCAUAGCGAGUCUGAGGUCACUAUGAGAUACCAUGUUUAUAAUACCUUGUAGAUAGUCUGACCUCUUGUCAAUAUUCUCAGCAGAUACACACGAUAAACAUUGGUUGAAAAUAUCCAGUAAUAUAAUGGUGAUAUGUUCUUGGAAGUCUUCAGGAACGAUCUUGAAAGCGACAUAGGCAAGAUGUGCUGACAGAUGGCAGGUUGCCUCAAAUUUAUCCUGGAGGGGGAAUAAAUGAGUUAUAAUAUAAUUGUACAGUGGAAAUAUGGUUUGGCAUGAUUGAGGUAACCGAUAGGCAGAAACGAGGGUCAACAUAAGAAUUCUGAGUAGAAUUAGAAAAGAAUUAGAAUCUGUGGUUAAAAUAAGUACGUUUGGUGGAGUAAAAAUUAGGUUUAUUAGGUUAGAAGAGUGAGG